CGUGCCACAUUAAUCCACUGGGACUCAUUCAGACAUCGGCAGAACCAUUCAAACUUCAUUAAAAAUGGUGAAAAGGUGGAAAUUGGGAAGAAGGAGCAAUGAUAGCAGGAGACCUUUAAUAGAGAACAACAACAAUGACAUACAGGAAGGAGGUGACCAGGCAGGUGAGGGGUACGACAACCCUUCAGCUCAGAACACCUUCAACACCAUCGAGGAACAGCGUUUGCAGUUUGAGAGAGAUCUCACGUUUCAGGAACUAGCUGAGCUUCUUAAGGUGGCCCCUGACACCAUCUCUGUGGGGUCUGACACCUCUGAGAAUGGAUCUUGUUGUGCGAUCCGUAACUCGGGACAGGAGAAGCAGCAGAGUGUCGUUCAACUGAUACAAAGAUCCGUGUACCAGCACUUUCCGACGCCACCAGCAGAGCUGGACAAGAACCUUCAGCGGCACCUGUUGGAAGUGGAGACGGCUGUCCACACUGAGCUUGCCAGGCUGGCUCCCCUGUUUAAAUCUAAAGGGUUGAUUGGAUAUCUGCUCGACUGCUACCAUCGUCAGAUAUCUGAUCACUUGCAUGGUCUACUCCAGCACAUCAGCACCUCCAAGAACUCCUUCAUGCUGUUGAAGUGGGUCCUACACACAUAUCUGAGUCAGGACCUGCUGGGCGCUGCUUCCCCACAAGAAGUGGAUCACAUCAAAGAUGUCGACCUCAUGCUGUUCACAGAGUUGGCAGCAAAAGCAAAGGACAAACUGCUUGAAAUUGUGCAGAAAGAGGUCAGCGCGUCUCUGGAGAAAAUCCUGCAGAACGAGAGAAGCCAAGAAGGCUGCGAUAGUGACGAAGCUUUCAUUCAAAUGAAUGUGGACACAAUCCAGUGCAUCGAUGCCAUGUACAAAGGUGCACAAACAAUCAACAAAACAGUGUCCGACCGUGUGCAGGACGUUUGUUUCCAGGAACUGCUGGUGUUUGUGAGGAGGUACAACACAGAGCAGACUGAGAUCCUUAGAAAACAAACAGAUAAGGCCGAGCCAGACAUCAUACACUUCCUGAAGACUUUGCAAACCUGUGGAGCACUCAAGCAGCACGUCCAGACCAAAAGUAAAGACAUCAAAACGUCCCUUGUUAAGGACACUGUGGAAACGCUUCAAGAGAUGGAGGAUUUGACUUUGAAGCUCCUGUUGGAGAUUGUUGCUGACUUCACAGAGAGCCACCUUAAGAAGUACUUCAAAAAGGAGAACAAGCAAUUCUUCUUGUUGACGGAAGAAGUAAAGACGCGUUUCCCCAAACUGUUGUGUUGUCAGGAUGUACUAGAGAGAGUGAUGGAUGAGACUUAUGAGCUCAUCAUUCACCUUUACUUCAAAAAUCUUGUCCAAAGCAACCAGAGCAAGCUGAGGAGGUGCUGGGGCUCUAACGUUGGGCAACAAGUGACUCAAGAUGCUGAGCUGCUUCACCACAUCAUCUCAGACAUGGCCCCUGGUGUCAAACAGUGGAACCUCAUUCUGCUGAAAAUCACAGAAACGUUGGAGUGCGAGGACAACGAUGCACUGAAGAUCGUAGUUGCGAGCAUGCAGCAGAAAUGUAUCACAAAGAGCUGCAGAAAGGACCUGGAGCUCCUACUGCGAUGGAAAGGUCUCUCUAAACGAGAGGUCAGAGAGGUGCUGGAGGCCCUUCCUGACCACCAACCCAAACAUGGAUCUGUAUCCUGGUAUAGAUGUUUUAUCUGCUGUUGAAAGCCGACAUGCUCUACAGAGGAUCAACUUCAACAAACAAAAAAGACAUUUGGGAGAUUUCACAUUUCAUGAACUUUUCUGAUCAUGUGAAUUCCGUUAAAACCAAGUCUGUUAUUUACUGAUUUCAGUUCCUCAAUCUAAUCCUUUGACAGAGAUGUAGAUAAAAGAGGAGCAGACAGGAUGGACAGAGGUUUUUUUUUAUAAGCUUUGACACAACUGUGAUUAGGAUUGUGCAUAAAAGGCUGCUAAUGAGUUAGCCUAUAUGUGAUUUCCUUUUAAAUGUUAUUGUCAUUUCAGGAAAGGUAAACUUGAUUUUUUUUUUAAAUCUUGCUUGCCAAAAUUUCUUAUUCAUCUUUUUACAUUUUAUGUAAAAAGAAAUUAUAUAAAACACAUGCUGUAUUUCAAUGCUUGUGUCUUAUCCUCAUAUCGCAAUGCAGCGGAAUUGCUAAGAUGCUAAGCUCUGCAUAGAUAGUUGAAUGGCUCAACAAAAAUGUCAAAAACCAAACUAUACGUUGGUUUUGUACGUUGUUAAAGUUUCAUGUACGUUUCUAAAUAUUUAGGUUCUUUUUUUAAGUCUUUAGGUGGUUUAUGGUUGAGGGAAAUAUGACAUGAUGCUUCAGGAUUUUUUUUUAAGUUUUUAAGUAUUUAACAGUAAAAUUUUGUGCAAAAGACCAAAGUGAUAUUUUAGCUGAACUUUAGCUGUAUUAUAUUUAUAAAAAGAUUUGUAUGUUUCGCCCUAUCUAAUGCUAAAAAGAACAUAAACAAGCACAAACGAAUUAACUGGGUUGAAUUAAAGAAGCUUAGCUUUGUUUUGCACUCUUGCUCAGUUUUUUGUUUACUUUUGUACUUAAUUUCUUUUGCUUUGUGUACUGUUGGUACUGAAAGUAAAAAAAUAACUGCACUGAUGAAGAUGCACUCUUUAUCCAUUGUUACAAUUUGUU